CUGUGCUGUGCGGGGGCGGCGCAGAGGCAUCGGGGCGGGCACAGAGCCGCGCGCGGGCGUCGGCUGCAAGGCUGUGCGCGGAGCAGUGCGACCGGUCGGAGGAAGGAAGGAUGCGUGCGGGUAACUUUUUGCCGGCCCUGCAAGUACGAGUAGUCGCGAUACGGGAGGCUCCCUCCCGCCACCGGGCGAGAGCUGAGCCAGUGUGCCCGCUGCUGCCCUUCCCCCACUUCCGCCUCCCGCCUCUUCCUCGUUCCCGGCUCCCAGGGCCGUCGGUCCCCCGGGAGACCCGGAGGCGCAGCCCCACCCCGGCCGGCGCGGCUCGCUCCCACGCCCCCGCCGCCGCCUCGCCGGAGCGGACACACUGAGUCAGCGGGGGCGCCGGGCGCUGCAGGGGCUGACAUGGACCCAAAUCCUCGAACAACCCUGGAGCGCCAGCAGCUCCGCCUUCGGGAAAGGCAGAAAUUCUUUGAGGACAUUUUACAGCCAGAGACAGAGUUUGUCUUCCCCCUGUCCCACCUGCAUCUUGAGUCACAAAGACCCCCCAUAGGUAGUAUCUCAUCCAUGGAAGUGAACGUGGACACACUGGAGCAAGUAGAACUUAUUGACCUUGGGGAUCAGGAUGGAGCAGAUGUGUUCUUGCCUUGUGAGGAUCCUCCAGCAACCCCUCAGACGUCUGGAGUGGACGACCAUCCAGAGGAGCUAAGCCUGCCAGUGCCCACAACAGACAGGACCACAUCCCGGACCUCUUCCUUGUCUUCUGACUCCUCUACCAACCUCCAUAGUCCAAACCCUAGUGAUGGUGGAGCAGAUACACCGUUGGCACAGUCCGAUGAGGAGGAGGAUGGGGUUGAUGGAGGUGAUGGGAGGGCAGAGCCUGGAACCUGCAGCUAGCAGUUGGGCCCCUCCUGCAGACUGACUGAGCUGGCUGUUCUUCACGUGAGACCACAAGCUCAGCCAGAGUACUCCGGGAGAAGGGCAGACAUUUUACUUGCAGUUGGCACCGAAGGGGGGAAGGAUGGUAAGCUGGUUUACCUUUUGGAGCGUAACCCUCUCCUGCUCUACUGCUAACCUUUUCCUGCGGCAGCCCUUCCCAGUGUUGGGUUUACUUCUGAAGUAGGACUUGCAAAGGAGUAGAUGGUAGAUGGGGUAGGGCAAGAUGCCACUGCUUUUCUUAGCACUCCUCCCUCCUCCAAAUUACCCUGUAGUCUUCCAUUACAGUCUCUUAAACCAGUGUCUUUUAAUGGACGUGAACUCCUUAGCACUCCAAGUGAGGUGGUACUCCAGCCUAUCCUGCCUCUUUACAUCCUUUUGGAACAGGGCAUGGUGUAAAUAAUAAACAAAUAAUAAUGUAUCAACCAUUCCACCUCAUUCUUCACAUUGCAGAUACCAAGUCCACUAUAUGUCCUUAGCUCUCUAUCCCCAUCAUUUAAUCCAUUUAUUCAAGAGUACUUAUGCAACACCUGUG